AUGUUCUCUCGACUCAGCACCAACCUUACCCGCCGUGUGGCAUUGACUGCACGAUAUGGUUGCCGAUCUAUCACCACACAUUCUCAGCUUCCUGAAGAGCACAAAAUGAUCUAUGACAUGUGCCGAAAGUUUGCUGAUGAAGAACUUGCUCCCAACGCAGGAGAAUGGGAUAAGAAGCACGAGUUCCCAACAGAUGCGAUUGCUCAACUCGCAGAACUCGGAUUGAUGGGAAUCAAUGUGCCUGAAUCAAUGGGAGGUGUAGGAUUGGAUGCCUUAAGUUAUGCCAUUGUAAUGGAAGAGAUCUCCCGUGGUUGCGCAAGUACUGGCGUCAUCUGCUCGGCCCACAAUAGCCUGUAUUUGUAUCCAGUUGUAGAGUUUGGGACUCCAGAGCAGCAUGAGAAAUGGGUGACUCCCUUUGCCGGUGGAUCUGAAUCACUUCAGAUUGGUUGUUUUGGAUUGUCAGAGCCGGGCAAUGGUAGCGAUGCUGGUGCCGCAACGACAACUGCCACUAGAGAUGGAGACGACUGGAUUAUCAAUGGAACAAAGGCUUGGAUUACGAAUGCCUACGAAGCUAGCGCGGCAGUUGUUUUCGCCACCACUGACAAGAGUCUCAAACACAAAGGAAUCUCUGCGUUCAUUGUCCCCAACGAUGCAGAGGGCUUUAGCUUGGGUGCCAAAGAGGACAAACUUGGAAUCCGUGCGUCGUCAACUGCAAACUUGAUCAUGGAAAAUGUUCGAAUCUCAGGAGAUAAUCUCCUUGGUGAAGAAGGCCAAGGUUUCAAGAUCGCCAUGCAAACACUCGACGGUGGUAGAAUUGGAGUCGCUGGACAAGGUUUGGGAAUCGCAUCGGCAGCUAUCGACUGUGCAGUGAACUAUGCACUUGAGCGCACCGCUUUUGGCAAACCCAUUGCCAACUUUCAGAUGAUUCAGCACAAGAUCAGCGAAAUGGUCCUAGCUAGAGAUUCUGCCCGUCUGUUGACAUGGAGAGCAGCUCAAAUGAAAGACGCCGGCGAAAACUACACGAGAGAGGCUGCGAUGGCGAAGCUAGCAGCCAGUGAAGCUGCUACCAUGUGUGCUCAUCAGUCGAUUCAAAUCCUGGGUGGUAUGGGUUACGUCACAGAAAUGCCUGCAGAGCGUCAUUAUCGAGAUGCAAGAAUUACAGAAAUCUAUGAGGGAACGUCCGAGGUCCAGCAUCUUGUUAUCUCGAAUGAUGUCUUGAAGGAGUACAAAUCGAGUUAUUGA